AUGUUAUUAAUACUAUAUGCUUCGAUAAUACUAGAAAUUAUUCCACAUUCUGGAUAUGGUGAUAAAACAACACAGGAAGAAAGAAUUGAUGAAGUACUUUCGAAAGCAAUGAAUGAUGCGCAUCAAACGUUCAAUGAGCUAAAACAAUAUAAUGAACCACUUCUGUUGCAAAACAAAAGUCGAACCAUUCAUAUUGAUGGCACUAAAUCAGCCAGUGCUUUACCGGUCAUUUUAAACCAUAUUCGUAAAUAUUGUCCAUUGUAUAAAAUUGAAUGCUCCACUAAUAAAUACCGUACUAUCGAUGGUACUUGCAAUAAUAUUAUGCAUCCUAAUUGGGGUGCUUAUGGUGCUCCGAUGCAACGUAUCAUUCAACAGUUUUACGCCGAUGGAAUUGAUGAAUUUCGUGUUUCGAUUGUUGAUAAUAGUGAAUUACCGAAUGUUCGAUACUUAUCAAAUUUAUUCUUCGUCAAGAAGCAAUCACCAACAUUGAAAGUAAAUAUGCUAAAUGCUCUUUGGGCACAUUUUGUUUACAUGGAUUUAGUGCAUAUUGGAAAUCUUCAAUUAUUCAAUGAUGAUGAGCAAAUUCCACUAUCAUGUUGUGCACCAGAAAUUAAACAAUAUCCGGAGUGUAAAUCAAUUAUAGUACCAAAAAAUGACCCCAACUAUUCUGAUUUCCUCAGUUGCUUACCUUAUACGCGUACCACUCCAGCACCACGACCCGAAUGUGAAUUGGGUCCACGUGAACAAGCUAAUCAGGUUACUAGUUUUCUCGAUGCUAGUGUUAUUUAUGGUAGUACCAUAAAACGAGCACAUGCAUUGAGGACAUUUAGAAGUGGUCGCAUAUUAACAAAUUCCGAUCCAUUAAAUCAAAAUAUGCCAUCAACGAUUAACUUAUUGUGCAGCAUACUGAAAAUCAGCCCUGAAUGCGAUUUAUAUAAUAAUUAUCAUACAUUCGUUAGUGAUUCCGAUCAUUUAAACUUCUUACCAACAUCUGUUACUAUUCUUCAUACCAUUUGGAUACGUCAACAUAAUCGAAUUGCCACAAAUUUAAAGAUAAUGAAUCCGCAUUGGUCUGAUGAGCAAUUGUAUCAGGAAAGUCGACGAAUAGUUAUCGCACAAUUACAACAUAUCACUUAUAAUGAAUUUUUGCCAAAUCUGAUUGGCAAAGAAAAUUGGUUAAAGUUUGAAUUACAAUCACAAUCUUAUGGAUAUAGUAAAGAAUAUAAUCAAAGCAUGGAUCCUACUGUCAUCAAUACAUACGCUGCUGCUGCUGGACAAUUUUUCUUCACAAUGUUCGACAAGCAUCUUACAUGGUACAGAGAUGAUAGCAUUAAAAUACUUGAACGACAGUUAGAGGAAUAUUUCAAUGAUCCGGGAUUACUUUUCUCAAAGGAUCAAAUUAGAGAAAUAUUGAAAUAUGUGUUACAUGAGCCAAUCAAUGGACCUAUGGUUUACAUGAAUGAUGAAUUUCGUAAUAAAUUUUUUGAAGGGAAAAAAUUUUUGGGAUAUGAUCUUGCAGCAUUAAUUCUACAAAUGGGCCGUGAUCAUGGUAUUCCACCGUAUACUGUAUGGCGAGAAUAUUGUGGUGGUAGUAAGAUUCAAUCAUUUGAUGAUUUAAUGGAUGAUCUAAUUGGUGGGAUGGAAUUAAUAAACCAACUAGCAAAAAUGUACAAAACAGUUGACGAUAUGGAUUUAUUCUUACUUGGUUUAGCUGAGAAGCCACUUCAUGAUGCACUUCUUGGACCAACAUUUAGUUGUAUCAUUUCAUUACAAUUUCAAAAGACAAAAGAAGGUGAUCGUUAUUGGUAUGAGCAUUUAGCAGAAUCAGGUUUUACAAACGAGCAAUUAGAUGAAAUUCGUAAAACAACAAUGGCGAAAAUAUUGUGUAAUAAUGUGGAAUAUUUCGAUAUGGUACAACCAAGAGUAUUCGAAUUAACGAAUAACUAUGACAAUUAUCUAACUCAUUGUAAUGAAACAUUACAAACGGAUAUGAAUAUUAGCAAAUGGAUUGAUUAUAAAUUACAUGAUGAGAUAAAAUUAUCACUAACAAAAGCGACAAUUGAGAAUGCAGUUGAAAUUGCUUUAGAAGAAGUUAAAAAACGCCGUCAACGUGAACGAGAAAAUAUUCAAAAAUAUCAGGAUAUGUUUCAAUCUGGCGAUCCGCAACUAUCGUAUGCUAAAAUGAUGCGACCAAAAGAUGAGGCUAUUGCGAUCGCUGGAGUAUCUGAUGUAUUUCUGCAGGUUACUAAAAAUCUAGUGUCUAACAAUGGAUCAGAAAGUAGUAAACAGUUGAGAAAAUUGAGUAUUAAUGAAAUGCAAAAUUUGCUGCAACAGAUUGACGUUAGCCCGUUUGUUAGCAGAAUUGAACAAUUUUUUGAAUAUGAUGUAUCAAUAGAGGAAAAGUGUUUGCCAAAAAUGUUGCCAUGUGACGAGAACACUCCAUACCGGACAAUAUCCGGUUGGUGCAAUAAUCUUCGAAAUCCUCAUUUCGCUAACGCUUUCGGUCCAUUGAUUCAUCUUCUCCCACCAGCUUAUGAAGAUGGAAUUGAUAUGCCACGAUCGAAAUCUGUAACAGGUGAAUUGCUACCAUCACCACGUGUUAUAUCAAAUACGCUACACUUUGAUUUACCAAUCAGUCAUCAAAGUUAUAGCCAUAUGAUUAUGCAAUUCGGUCAAAUUCUCGAUCAUGAAGUGACACAUUCACCGAUUGAACGUGGGCCAGAUAAUGAGAUAUUGAAUUGUACACGAUGUGAUUCACAUGAAACUCUCUCAAUGAAUUGCAUGCCAUUACCGAUACCAUCUAAUGAUCCAUUUUUUCCAACACAUGAUGAAAAUGGUGAACGACGAUGUCUUCCAUUUACUCGAUCACUUCUUGGACAAUUAAAUCUUGGCUAUCGUAAUCAAAUCAAUCAGUUAACAGCAUAUUUGGAUGGUUCAGCGGUAUAUGGUUCCACAGAAUGUGAAGCAAAAAAAUUGCGUAUUUUUGUUGGCGGACGUCUUAACACUACCAAUCUUGGCGUGUUCAAUUCAGAAGCAUUACCACAAGGUGAUCAGGAGCAAGAUUGCCGUUCCACACCGGAAUUCAUGUGUUUUGUUGCUGGUGAUGAGCGUAAUAGUCAUCAACCUGGCCUUACAACAAUGCAUAAUAUAUUUUUGCGAGAGCAUAAUCGAAUUGCUCGAAAAUUAGAAGAAAUGAAUCCAUCUUGGGAUGAUGAACGUAUUUAUCAAGAAACAAGACGAAUUGUAGGAGCAGAAUUUGCUCAUAUAACUUAUAAUGAAUAUCUUCCGCUAUUGCUCGGAAAUCGAUUGAUGCAUCAAUAUGAUUUGAAUAUCCGUAAAAUUGGUUAUUAUCAUGGUUACGAUGACAAAUGUGAUGCAUCAAUAUCGCAUCCAUUUUCGACAUCUGCAUUUCGUUUCGGUCAUACUUUGGUUCGUCGAUUUUUUUCGCGUUUUGAUGCUUCCUAUACGAAUUUCACUGAACCUGUUGAUCUGGUAGAAAAUUUCAAUUCUGUUGAAGCGAUUUAUGAUAGUAAACGAGGUAGCAUCGAUUCAUUACUUAUUGGCUUAAUUGGUACACCAUCAAUGGCUUUCGAUAGGCAUAUCACCACUGCAUUACGGAAUCAUUUGUUUGGUAGACGAGGAGAGCCACUUUCUGGAAUGGAUCUUAUAAGCUUGAAUAUAUUAAGAGGCCGCGAUCAUGGUGUACAACCUUACAACGCUUAUCGGGAACUUUGCGGUAUUGGUGCAGCAAAAGAUUUCACUGAUUUAUUAAAUGAAAUGGAUGAAUCAGUUGUGGAAGCAUUAAAAAGUUUAUAUAAAACAGUGAAUGAUAUCGAUUUAUUUCCUGGAUUAUUCUGUGAAAAACCUAUGAAAGGUGCUCUUUUACCACCAACAAUGGCAUGCAUUAUCGCAGAACAAUUUCAUCGUAUAAAAAAAUGUGAUCGAUUUUAUUAUGAAAAUGAUUUGUAUGCAACGCGUUUUUCACCAAGACAACUUAAUGAAAUCAGGAAAGUAACAUUAGCUUCACUUUUAUGUACCAAUAGUCGAAUGCUAAGAAAUAUACAACCAAAUGUAUUUAUAUUACCUGAUGAAUUCCUAAAUGCUCCAAUUUCAUGUGAUCAUUUCAAACAUAUCAAUUUGGAUCAAUGGCUUGAUCAACCUCUUUGUUAUGUCAGUAAUAUAGUAAUGACACCAAAUGUAACAAAACGUAUAUCACCUUGUCAAUCUUGCUUGUGUACCACCAAAGGAUUUCAAUGUGUUACCGAAACGAUCACAAACUGUGUGGCUCUCGUCAGCCAGUAUCCUUUCGAUGAAAUCAUAAAGGAUACUGCCUGCAUGGCACAAUGUGCUCAUUUAUUUUGGGAGAAAACUUAA